AUGGCAGACACCGCAGAGCAACAGACCCUCCAAGGGUUGGAGAAUGAUCGCGACACAAUGGCACCCACGAUCCAACCGAGCAAAGAGCAAGAAUCAGAAAAGGCAAAGAGCAUUGACAAGGUAUUGGAAACAUCCACCACACAAGCAGACUUGAGGAGCCUGCGAUUCUGGGCCAUCCUCAUUGCUCUGGGAUUUACCAGUCUCCUCACCGCACUCGACGCUACCAUCACCUCCACUGCAUUACCAUCCAUCGUGGCUGAUCUGGGUGGUGGUGACAUGUAUAUCUGGGCUAUUGAUGGGUAUUUAUUGGCACUGACCUCAUUGCAGCCCCUCUAUGGGCAGCUUGCGAAUCUCUUUGGGCGACGAUGGCCUUUGAUUUCGUCAGUUGCUGCCUUCGUCCUCGGAAGCGGAAUAUGCGGAGGUGCCAGCACCAUGGCCAUGCUGAUCGCUGGUCGUAUCAUACAAGGCAUUGGGGGUGCAGGCAUCGGCCUGCUUGUUGAAAUUGUCAUUGCUGAUCUGGUUCCUCUUAGACAGCGAGGGCUAUACUUCGCCGCUCUGUUUGGCCUGGUCUCUCUCGGCACGGCUCUCGGACCUUUGUUUGGUGGUCUGAUCGUCAGCAACACAACAUGGCGAUGGGUUUUCUGGAUCAAUCUACCCAUCGGUGGCUUCGCUUUUGCCUUGCUGAUGUCGUUUCUUCGGGUCAAAUGGGACAAGGAGAACAGCCUCGCGACCAGAUUGUCACGCAUUGAUUGGACGGGCAACUUUGUGUUCAUUGCGGCCGUGACCUCGAUCCUCAUUGCGCUUUCGUGGGCAGGAGCAGUCUAUCCCUGGUCUUCAUACCGUAUCCUCGUACCUUUGAUUACCGGAUUCUUCGGCUUGAUAGCCUUCCUGCUUCUCCAACAUUCGCAGCGACUCUGUCCCAACCCAACGAUUCCGCUACACUUAUUGUUCAACCGCACGUCUGCCACCGCAUACGUACUCACGUUCUUACAUUCUGUCGUCAUGUCGUGGAUCCUCUAUUUCUUGCCAGUGUACUUCCAGGGUGUACGGGGCGCGACUGCUGCUCGCUCAGGCGUCCAGAUUUUGCCCACAAUCCUGACCAUCCUCCCUUUUGGAGCCCUUGGAGGUGGCCUUUUGACAAAGUUUGGUCGAUACAAACCGAUACAUUUCGUGGCAUUCGCCGUUAUGCUGGCAGGAAUGGGCUCAUUGACCCUGAUCGAUGAGGACUCUAGCACCGGUGCCUGGGUUGGCUAUCAGAUAAUUGGCUCGGCCGGAAUGGGCCUCAUUAUUUCAAGCCUCCUGCCUGCGGUUUUGGCUCCUCUAUCUGAAGCAGAUGUCGCACAAGCAACCGCAGCAUGGUCUUUCAUGCGAGCUUUCGGCAUGACAUGGGGGUCUGCCAUUGCUGGUACUAUAUUCAACAACCGUUUCAACGCCCUGGCUCAGACGCAUAUCACUUCCAAUGAGUUGAGAAAUCAAGUGGCACAUGGUCAUGCCUACGAAGAUGCUACAAAGGCAUUUGUAGACACCUUAUCCCAGAGCGAUCGUCAACAGUUUGCGUGGACCUUGAACGAAAGUUUGCGUCGUGGAUGGGAAGUGGGUACUGCCUUUGCCGCCCUUGGAUUCCUCAUAAUAGCAUUUGAAAAGCAGAUCCCACUCCGCAAUAACCUCGAGACAAAAUAUGGGAUGGACAAGCCAAAAGCCAAAUAG